AUGCUUUCACGUUUCGUAAUUGCGAGUACUAUAGUUGCUACGCUUGUCCGAGCUGGCCCUGUGAUUCAAGUCAGCCCUCAAACAAAGUACCAGCAGUAUGAUGGUACUGGCAUUUCCGAAGCGUUUCAGAGAUCGCUUGUAAUGCAUGAGUUGAACUUGGCUUCCGAAAAGAUCGUGUUGGAUUAUUUGUUCAGCAACACCACAGGCGCUGGCUUCACGAUUCUUCGAAAUGGCCUUGGUUCUUCGCCAACCGAAGGAUACGAUCUUAUGAAGUCUAUUGCUCCCGUGGCUCCCGCCUCCAAUAGCAGCAAGAUCGAUUUCCAGCCAUUUUCCCGAGAAGAUCAGUAUCAAAUUUGGUUGUCAUCACAGGCCAUUUCCCGUGGAGUGCAUACCGUUUAUGCCGACGCUUGGAGUGCUGACGGUUAUAUGAAGACUCAAGGUACUGACUUCAACGGCGGUUACCUGUGCGGUGUCACAAAUGCGACCUGCGCUUCUGGCGAUUGGCGCCAAGCGUAUGCGAAUAAAAUUGUCCGCUACAUCAACAACUACAAGUCUCAUGGGAUCACCAUCGACUUUGUUGGCUUCCUCAACGAACCCGAUUUAAAUACUACCUACGCCUCCAUGCAAUCGAGCGGUCAACAAGCUGCUGAUUUUAUCAAAAUCCUCUAUCCUACGUUGCAGAAAGCUGGUCUCACCACCCAGAUCGCGUGCUGUGACGGCAGUGGGUGGGAGCAGCAGCGAGAACGUCUAACAGGCGUCCAGCAAGCGGGAUAUGAGAAUGAGAUUGGACUGGUGACCUCGCAUGGUUACAGUUCCAAGCCUGGAGCACCUUUCAACACGCCCAAAAAGGUUUGGCAGACAGAGUGGUCGACGUUCGACCCGCUGAACUUUGAUUGGUACAGAACAGGUAGCCAAAGUGAGGGUCUUACUUGGGCGAACAAUGUUCAGCGUCUGUUCGGUGUGAGCAACGUUACUGGCCAUCUGUAUUGGUGGGGAGCCGCGAAUGACACCGAUAACCAAGCACUCAUCUAUAUCAAUGGUACUUCAACGGUGAAGCCUACCAAACGUCUAUGGGCUCAUGCUCACUUCGGUUCCCGACUCGUUCGGAAAGGUGCGACACGCAUUGGCGCCACCGUCACCGGGAACGCAGGUCCAUUGAGCGUCACUGCAUUCGCUAAUACCGAUGGAACAACGGCCGUACAAGUCAUCAACAACGGCGAUAAUGCGGAGACAGUAACUCUGCAAGGAUUAAAAUUAAAUACUGUGGUCACUUAUCUCACGAACCAAGCCAGUAACUUUACUGUGGGAAAUGCUGUUGUAUCAGGAAGUGUUGCAGCUUGUGAGGUGCCAGGCAGGAGUCUGUUGAGUUUCUACAUAAGAUAG